AUGCGUCACCCGCAGAAGCCCCUCUUCCCUACCUUCUUAUUGGAUGGCGGUGUUGCCACUCCACGCUGUGCAUUCUGGGAAAUGGAAGACCACCGGCCCCCCUCCCUGCUCUUCCUCCAGGGAGAGAGCCUCCCGGGGCCCACAGAGGGCGCCGCGUCCUGGGAGAGUCCACGCAGCCCCAGGGCAGCCAGUCCGGGCGCCUCCACCCAAGAGGAGACCCCCCUGGAGGAGACUCCGGAGGAGACCAGAGAGGAGACCAGAGAGGAGACCAGGGAGGAGACCAGAGAGGAGAUCCUGGAGGAGAACCAGAAGCCGGAGGGCGGAAGCCCCAGCACCGCCACCCGGAAGCUGUACUCCUGUGACCGGUGUCCCUGGAACUUCUCACACUUCCUGCUCCACGAGAGGAGACACAACAACGAGCGGCCCUGCGUCUGCGCCGAGUGCCACAAGGGCUUCUUCCAGGCCCUGCGCGUGCACCAGAGGAUCCAGGUGGAGGACCUGCAGGGACAGACGCCCCCUCACCAGUGCUGGGCACGCGACAAUGGCCCUGUGAAGGAGAACAAGCUCAUGUUGCUCUCAGAAGCAGUGAAGGUUGUCACAAGGUCCCCCUUCUCAGGUUGA